AUGGCACUGGUGUCGGCGGGUGCUUGCCCACCCGCACUGCUCGGCGGCCGUGCAGUGCGUCGGCUGAGCGGGAGGACCAAGACGUUGGCUCGGAAUGGCUUUGGCAACGGAGGCUUUGCAAUAGGCUCGCUAGUUUUUGCGGGCCGCAUCAUUGCCCGACGCCGUCAUUCGCAGACAUACUCGCCAUCUCUGCUGGGCAUUCCCUCCUGCAGCUGGGGCAUGCAAAGCACGCACGGAUGGUGCGUCUGCAGGCUUGGCAAGCUGCCACAAGCUGCACAGGACGAGGCCGCUGACUUGGGGUCACGACGCCGUCCUGACCCAGAAACAUUCCUCCAAUUGAGCCCAUCCUUCUGGGAUGAUCUGUCGGAUCCUGGCCAGGAGUGGUGUGCCUUGUACAUCAACUUAGCUAGGAGACCCGACCGCCGUGAGAAGCUGCUAGAGAAACUGGCUGUUUCAAACGCCGAGCUUCGUCGUCAAAUUCGUCGAAUAGAUGCCGUAGACGGAAAGUGGCUACGUCUUUUGGAUGAUGCAGUGGCUGAGAUCGUGGAUGAGUACGCGUUAGACAAGGCUAGACAUGCAAGACGCCGCGGGGCUUACACUAUUGUCCACAGUGGUGGGCGGCUGUUGCAUUUCGACAACCACCUAACCGUGGGCGGGAUUGCAUGUGCUAUGUCUCACCGACUGGCCCUGCAAGCACUGGUUUCACACCCGACCGCCAAAUGGGCCAUCAUUUUGGAGGACGACAUAUUGGAAGUGGUGCCCCGCGUGGAAGAGGUCGUAGCCAAGGCCAUCGAGAAUUUGCCCGAGGACUGGGACGCCUUGUUCCUCGGAUACCACGACGACGCAGGAAAACCUCACGACUCCGCCUAUGGCCAGGAGGACGACGUAGCCGAGGUGCCAGUGCGGCCUCUGCGUGAGCCGUGCUUUGGCUUGUUCGCCUGGGCCGUGCGGCGUGAAGCGGCCGAGGCGCUCUUGGCCAAUGCUUUUCCCAUCGGGGGCCAGGUAGAUCAUGCGCUCUCCUCUUGGUUGCUGCGCGAGCGUGGCCGGUGCUUUCAAGUUGAGCCAGGCAGCAUGGUCUGCUUCAGCCCUAAGAGCGAGGAGGCAGAGGAUUCCGACAUCCAGACCAUGGCCACGGUGGACGACUUCAUGGGCAAGUUUCAGUCUUGGCAGGCAUAUUACGAACAUGUGUGGGGUUUGGAUGCCAUGAUGGAUGAGUACAUCCUCGGCGAAAGCACCGACUUUGGAGACAUGGACGGGUACCAGGAAUCUGGCGACUGUGAUGUAGAUGAUUUUCUGACGCCUUUUCCCGGUGGCGGGUCAUCACCUCCGUGCGAUGCGCCGCCUCCCGAGUGCUAUCCGGGAGACUACGAGAGCCCCUGA